CUACUUCCGGUUCCCGGGUCUUGGUAGUUGUUUUUCUUUUCUCUUCCGGCUGUUCGGGCGCGGAAAGACUAAGGCGCGGAUUUUGAAGAGACAGGGAAGAGCCGAGGAAGCGUUUAGGCGGCUGACGGAUCCAGAAGGGGAUGAAACCACACGCGUUGUGGUAAACUCUGUUGACUAUGUAUCAUUGUAAUUGGUUUAGAUCGAGAUGUCUGGUAAAGCAAAUUAUUCUAAGAAAAAAUCUCAACAAUUAAAAAGAAAUUCAAAACAAAGAGCUGAUAAGGAAGUGGAUUUGCCAGAGAAUGAGGUUGGAAACACAGCAAAAAGGAAUAAAAGUCAUUCAGCACGUCGAUCCUCUAAAGGAACAGGACAAGCAAAAUCUAAUCUAAAACAAGUAAAAAUAACAUCCAAUAAGAGAACAACCUGGCAACCUCUUCCGAAAAAUACUGAAGAGUAUUUGCGAAGUGUGAUGGAAUCAGUAAUUCUAGAAGUUUUAAACAAAAACAUUAAAAGAAAGACACAAGUUCAGUAUCAUCUUAACUACUUAAAGGAAAGAUUACUGCAACAGUGUGGAACACUGAAAGUCCCUUCCAGAAAGUUGAACUAUUCAACUGAUGUUUCUAAUCUGCUGAAAAUGGAAAGAGCACAGGAAAGAGCUAAUGAAGAGGACCUGGCUUUACUGCAGGAAGAAAUAGACAAAAUCGUAAAGACCACAGAGUCAGUGACUGAGAGUAUUCAGAGCCUAAAGAACAAAGUUCAAAUUUUGACAAAUGAAGUAAAGGAAGAAGAACAGAAGGUGAAACAGGAAUUUAACAUCGUUAGUAAUAAGGUAUUGGCUCUUCCAGAACUCUCUGAGAAAAGUCUUAAAGCACCCAUACUUCAAAAAGAAAUUUUGGCACUAAUUCCAAACCAGAAUGCUCUUCUGAAGGACUUGGAUGUUCUUCAUAGUUCAGCCCCAGUGAAGAACAUGGCAGCAUUCAUUCAAGAAGCAUAUCAGAAACUUGAUGGCUCCUAAAGAGCUGGUUUUUGUUUUUCUUUUAAGCAUUGUUACAUAUUAACUUAUUGUUCAUGAAUGGUAAAACUUUUUAAACAGUCUUACUACUGUUUGUAGCCUAGACUGGUUCAAAACUUACUAUAUCGCCCAGAUUGGCCUGAACUUAGAGAAAUUCUGCUUCUGCAUUUUGAGUGCUGGAAUUACAAGCAUGAGCUGCACAUCUGGCCCAAAGCUAUACAACUUAACUGCAGUAAUACUACAAAGCUGAUGUGUCUGCAGAGCACUUAUCCUCUGUUAUCUACUUUAAAACUAGCUUUUGCAGGCCUACUAUUAGUAUCUAAUGUCCUAAAACAUUUUAUAGAAGUUGCUAAAUCUAGGAAAUAUAUACAUAUGUAAUUUUUUGCUAAAACUCUGCACUAAGAAUGAUUUUUUAAAAUUAAAU